UUUUUUGUUUACGGUUUUAUUUAGCUGUUUAUCUUUCUGAAAGGGAAUACAAAAGAAAAACGAUGAAAUUAUUUCAGCUCUGCACUCAUUCAUUUACAAGUCUGUCAAUUUCUUUUCUUCGAAAUAACUUAACUGUACUAGUUUCUGAGAAAUAAGCCAGCCGUCUGGGUCAUCACCUGCUGAGGUUGUCUGUCACCGAAAUAAUUACCUGAAAGCCACAGACAACACUUCCGCCCCAGUCUAACAAAUCUCAGAUUCCUCUGUUUGAACUAGUCUCACUGUCUGCAUCCAGCCCCCUUGCCUCUGGUAGAGGUACAGUACAGAUUUAUACAAGGUAUUAUUUACUGGUCUGAGUGACACCGAAGCAUACCAGUUCCUCUCCCUGCCGUUCCCAAAAUCUCGCGUCCACCUGGCUUUGCACUGUCUUUGAUCCAUAUGAGAUAAUAAUUGGAAGAAACAGCACUUAGCUUUAAGUCACCGGUUUGGGGAGAAAGUAGCAGAGGUUGUUUUGGACGGCGACUGAAAAACAUGGACGAUCACUCCAGGUCUCACACCAUCUCUACAACUACCAGUUCCUUUUCUGCUCCUACAACUACAACGGUGGGCUACGACAAAAACUUCCUGCGGACACCUCCCGGGGUCCUCAUUGUGGCCGAAAUCAUAUUCGGCCUGCUGGUGUGGGCACUUAUAGCUGGCACAAGCUACUUCCGUAUUUCUGCAUUUGGCUGGGUAUUAUUUGUAGCUGUUUUUUACUGGAUUCUCACAGUCUUCUUUUUAAUUAUGUACCUCUCAAUGGCCUAUACCAGGAUGCCUCAGAUCCCAUGGAGUACUGUGGGUCUUUGUUUUAAUGGGAGUGCAACACUAUUGUAUCUCGUGGCUGCCAUUGUAGAUGCUGCUUCUGUCUCUCAUGGGAAGGACCAUCACAAUUACAACAGCUGGGCUGCAUCUGCUUUUUUUGCCUUUGUGGUGACAUUAUGCUACUCUGCAAGUACGUACUUAUGUUAUACAGCAUGGAGAUCACGCGAUCAAGGACCAUGAUCAGUAUUUAAAAAGUAAAGCAUACCUGUCUGGGAUCUAGAAAUAUGAAUACCUGCUACAAAAGUGUGUCUCUGGCAUUCCUGCGUGGCUACUCAGAUUAUGGACAUGUCUGACUUCAUUGGCAGUUUUUGAAGAAAGCCAUGAACUGCACUAUGAUGCAACUUGGACACUUUAUGUGUACAGUAUUAUACUGUAACAUGGGCAGUGGACCGUUUCAUUUUGAAAAAUGUUCUUGUAGUGCUGAUAUAUUAUGUUUUUACUUUGUAGAAAUGGUGAAUUUUGAACUAUUUAUAACAUAUGUUUGUACUGGUAAAGAGUAGCCAGUGCCAGGCAAUUGAAAUUGUAUUAAAUUAAAAACUGUUCCUACAGUGUUUUAAAUUGUUGUGAGCUUCUGACUGUGGUAUACAAACAUGUAAGAUAUCUACUUUAAAUAACAGCAAAAAGUCUAUAAAUAUUAAACCAUGUUUACACAGAUUACUGAUA